AUGGAGAACGACCGUGGCGAGAUCGUGGACCUCUACGUCCCCCGCAAGUGCUCUGCCACCAACCGCAUCAUCAAGGCCAAGGACCACGGCUCCGUCCAGAUCAGCAUCGCCAAGGUUGAUGAGAACGGCCGUGCCAUCAGCGGCGAGAACCACGUCUAUGCCCUCUGCGGUUUCGUCCGCGCCAUGGGCGAGUCCGACGACUCCAUGAACCGUCUUGCUCAGCGUGACGGUCUGUUGAAGAACGUCUGGAGCGCUCAGCGAUAA